AUGAAUCAAAUACCGCCAUCAACGUCACAACAACAACAACCACCAAUGUAUAUGUCAAAUUCUGAUAAUCAGAUGAUGUCAACAUCAGCACCUUUAACAAUGAAUAAUGCUCAAUUAAAUUUAUUUAAUCAUCAAAUAAGUGCAUAUAAAUAUCUCGUACGUAAUCAACCUAUCCCUGAACAUCAUCUUGCUGUCAUAAAACGUCAGCAACAAUUCUAUCCACCAAAUGCAAUGGUACCUAAACAAUCAUCGAAUCCAUCAAUAGUAAUGGAUUCUCGUUAUAAACCACCUGUGAAUGGUAAUAUGGGUCCACGCUAUUAUCCACCUAUACAGGUCAAUGGUACUACAAACUAUUCGAAUCAAUCAAUACAAAUUCCAUCUCUAACCGAAAACGGCACAAAUCGAUUAAAUAAUCUUCGUGUAACAUUAAUAACAAAACCGAUAGGUGUCGAUGUACACGACAUUAUUAACGAACGUGAUAGUCGUAUUCAAAAUAAUAUCAUACUACGUAUAAAUGAACUUGAAAAACUUUUACAAAGUGUAACACAAGAAAAUAUUCGUACAAGAAUUAUGAUUGAACUCAAAGCACUUAAACUAUUAAAUUUUCAACGGCAAUUACGUUCUGAAAUAGUUACUUGUAUGCGUUUAGAUGCCAAUCUUGAAACGGGAACCUAUCCACGUUUAUACAAGCGUCCAAAACAAUUCGGUUUACGAGAAGCUCGUGCAACAGAAAAAUUAGAAAAACAACAGCAAGCUGAAAUCGAUCGUAAACGUCGACAAAAACAUCAAGAAUAUUUAACAGCUGUAUUAAAUGUUGCACGAGACUUUAAAGAAUAUCAUAAAUCAAUACAAUUGAAAUCUAGUAAAUUAGCUCGUUCGAUACUAUCAUGGCAUCAAAAUACUGAACGUGAACAAAAGAAAGAACAAGAAAAACGUGAACGUGAACGUAUGCGUCGUUUAAUGAAUGAAGAUGAAGAUGGUUAUAGAAAAUUAAUUGAUGAGAAAAAAGAUAAACGUUUAGCUUACUUAUUAUCACAAACCGAUGCGUAUAUAAUAAGUUUAGUAAAUCUUGUAAAAGAACAUCAAAAUGAUUUGAAAAAGAAAAAAAUGGAAAAGAAACAAACGAAUUCUUCAAAUGAUGAACAAAAUUAUUUACAUGUAAAAGUGAAAAAUACAUCAACAGGAGAAAUCAAAGAUGGACCUGAUGCACCAUUAGAAUCGGAACUUGAUAGUUGGCUAGAAAAAAAUCCCGGGUGGCAAGCUGUACCCGCAGAUAACAGUGACGAUGAUGAUGAAGAAACAGCACGAGAAACAGCUGCACGGCUAGCUGAAACAACUAUUACUAUUCCAGCACCAACACCCGAUGAACAAGAAAAGGGUGUUGUAGAAGAUGAAACAAUUGUGAAAGAAGUUUUAACUAAAGCUAAACAAGCAACAGAAGAUGAUGAAUAUCAUACAUCAUCAUUGGAUUCUUACUAUGCUGUGGCACAUCGCGUUCGAGAACGUGUUAUUAAACAAUCGGCACUUCUUGUGGGAGGAUCACUAAAACCCUAUCAAAUACAAGGUCUUGAAUGGCUUGUUUCAUUAUAUAAUAAUAAUCUUAAUGGUAUUCUGGCGGAUGAAAUGGGCCUUGGAAAGACAAUUCAAACAAUCGCUUUGAUUACUUAUUUAAUGGAAGUUAAAAAAGUCAAUGGACCCUAUUUAAUUAUUGUACCAUUGUCAACAUUAGCUAAUUGGGUGAAUGAAUUUGAAAAAUGGUCACCAGCUGUUUCAAAAAUUAUCUUUAAAGGUAAUCCACAAGUACGUAAAACACUUGGCUAUACAUUACGAAACGGUAAAUUCAAUGUCCUACUAACAACAUAUGAAUAUAUUAUCAAAGAUAAAGCAUUACUAGCAAAAAUCAGAUGGCGUUAUAUGAUUAUCGAUGAAGGUCAUCGUAUGAAAAAUCAUAAUUGUAAAUUAACACAAAUACUCAAUACGCAUUAUAUUGCUCCACAUCGUUUGUUAUUAACUGGUACACCAUUACAAAAUAAGCUACCUGAACUAUGGGCAUUACUAAAUUUUCUUUUACCAUCCAUAUUUAAAUCGUGUACAACAUUUGAACAAUGGUUUAAUGCACCAUUUGCAACGACAUGCGAAAAAGUUGAACUCAAUCCUGAAGAAACUUUACUUAUUAUCAGACGUUUGCAUAAAGUUCUACGACCAUUUCUAUUGCGUCGUCUGAAAAAAGAAGUCGAAUCACAACUACCAGAUAAAAUUGAAUAUGUUAUUAAAUGUGAUAUGUCAGCAUUACAACGAGUCAUAUACAAUCAUAUGCAAGCUAGUGGCAUUCUUCUUACCGAAGAUAAAAAUGAUAAAGGCAGUAAUCCAAAAGCACUCAUGAAUACAAUUAUGCAAUUACGUAAAAUCUGUAAUCAUCCGUUUAUGUUCAAUGAAUUAGAAGAAAAAAUUGGUGAUUAUUUAAAUUAUACAAAUGGUGUUUGUAAUGGAGCUGAUCUUUAUCGAGCAUCGGGCAAGUUUGAAUUACUCGAUCGUAUAUUACCAAAAUUGAAAGUAACAAAUCAUCGUGUUCUACUUUUCUGUCAAAUGACAUCAUUAAUGACAAUUAUGGAAGAUUAUUUCGCUUAUAAAAAUUUCACUUAUUUGCGUCUUGAUGGUCAAACAAAAUCUGAAGAACGUGGUGAUUUAUUAGCUAAAUUUAGUGAAGCCAAAGCUGAUUAUUUCAUUUUCUUGUUAUCAACACGUGCUGGUGGUCUCGGUUUAAAUUUACAAACAGCUGAUACAGUUAUUAUAUUCGAUUCCGAUUGGAAUCCACAUCAAGAUUUACAAGCACAAGAUCGUGCACAUCGUAUAGGUCAAGUGAAUGAAGUUCGUGUUCUACGUUUAAUGACAGUUAAUAGCGUUGAAGAAAAGAUCUUAGCAGCUGCUCGUUAUAAAUUAAAUGUCGAUGAAAAAGUUAUUCAAGCUGGAAUGUUUAAUAAUAAAUCAACAGGAAAUGAACGAAAACAAUUUUUACAACAAAUUCUUCUACAAGAAACUGAAGAAGGAGACGAAGAAGAAGAUGAAGUUCCCGACGAUGAAAUUAUCAAUCAAAUGAUUGCACGAAGUGAAGAUGAAUACAAUUUAUUUAAUAGAAUGGAUCGCGAACGAAGACACGCUGAAGCUAGAAUGCCAAAUCGUAAGCCGCGACUUCUUGAAAUGUCAGAAUUACCGGCAUGGCUAACAAAAGAUCCUAAAGAAUUAGAAAAAACUAUACUCGACCAAGAAACAUUAGAUUUAUUUGGACGUGGAACUAGACAAAGAAAAGAAGUUGAUUAUUCAGAUUCAUUAACAGAUAAAGAAUGGCUGAGGGCUAUUGAAGAUGGAACGUUAGGUACACCUGAUCAAGACAAAAAACGUCGACGAAAACGACGUACUGCUACUAAUAUUGAUUUUGAUGAUGACGAUGAUGAACAACAAGAUGAGAGCAAUAGUAAACAAGAUGAUGAUGAUAUGGAUGCAGUUCCUACUAAAGUUGGUCGACGAGCUGGAAAAAGAAAACUAAAAGAAACGAAUAAAAAAUAUUCCGACGAUCCGAUACCAGCGAAAUUAUUAAAACAAAUGACAACAUUGUUAGACUUUGUUAUUAAAUAUCGAGACAAUGAUGACAACCGAGUGUUGAGUAAACCAUUUAUGCGAUUGCCAACACAAAAAGAACUGCCAGAAUAUUAUGAAACCAUUAGAAAUCCAGUUGAUUUUAAUAAAAUUAAGAAAAAACUUGGAGAAAAUCGUUAUCGAAGUUUAAAUGAAAUUGAAGCUGAUGUUAUGCUUCUCUGUAAAAAUGCACAAGAAUUUAAUAUGGAAAAUUCAACUAUCUAUGAGGAUUCAAUUAUUCUUCAAUCUGUAUUUACGAAUGCUCGCGAACGUAUGGAGAAAGGAGAAAUUCCUGUUAGUUCAAAUUCGGAAGGAGAAUCUGAUGACGAUGAACCACUGAAGAAACGUGUAAAAAAAGAGACUAAUGUAAAAAAGAAAGCUCAAUCGCGUCCAUCUGGCAAUGGAAGUAGUACGACAAGUAGUCGUCGAAAAACUCGUGUCAUGAGCGAUGACGAAGAUAUGAUGAUGGACGAGACAAAUCAAUCAUCAUAUGGUGGUGUCGAUGAUGAUGAUGACGACGACGACGAAGAAGAAGAAGAAGAAACUCGUGGUUCUAAUUCGCGCCAAAAAUAA